AUGCUGAGACUCACUGCUUUGACUGGACGCACAGCCAGAAUAUGGAACAUCGCGCCCUCCCUUCUGCGCACGUCUCCAUCUCUGCUCGUACGCAGCACCACCACCAGGCUUCUUCCCUUCUCUACAUCCUCCUUCCUUAACCAUGGCCACUUGAAAGAGCCAAAACCGGGCGAGGGACUAAAAAUAACCUUCAUUCUAAAGGACAGCUCUCAAAAGACGUACGAGGUCUGCGAGGGCGAGACCGUCCUGGACAUCGCCCAGGGUCAUAACCUGGACAUGGAAGGUGCGUGCGGCGGCUCUUGCGCUUGCUCCACCUGCCAUGUCAUCGUCGAUCCAGACUACUACGACGCCCUGCCGGAACCGGAAGAUGACGAGAACGAUAUGCUGGACUUGGCCUACGGCCUCACAGAGACUAGUAGGCUCGGUUGCCAAAUCAAGAUGACCAAGGACAUCGACGGCAUAAGAGUCGCUCUGCCCCAGAUGACAAGAAACGUUAGCAAUAACGACUUCAGUUGA